CUCGGUUACCUCCAGGCUCUCUGGUCACAUCGAAUAAGGAGAGGACUCUCACUUGCCGACUAAAGAGCAAGCAAGAGCCCAAGUUUUCUUCGCUGCUAUAACAAACAAAACCUGUGAUAGUCAUUGAAGCUCACUGUCCUCGAAGAAACGGCGAUAACAUAAUUCCCAUUGCUGUUGCUGGACUGUAAUUUUUUGGUUUCAGGAUCCUCUAGACCGGCCAGGAUAGAGCAAAGCAAAGCAAAUACCACAAGCAAGCAAGCCAGCCAACAACAACAACAACAACAACAAAAAGUUGAAGCAGAAAAGCAUGCCCCUCUUCGCGUUUGGGUCGAAUGGUUCCGGUCAAUUGGGCCUCGGGCAUGAGGAGGAUGUCUCCGUGCCGGCGCGAUGUGUUUUUGAAUUUGCGGAGGAUGCAGCGCAAGGAGAGGUUGACGCCCCCAAAGGAGGCGACGUGGUUCGUAUCGUGGCGGGAGGGAAUCAUACUUUGGUGUUGGAUCGGAGGGGCAGGGUUUUUGCGGCGGGGUGGAAUGGGGAUGGGCGGUGUGGGAUUCCUAAAAGGGAAGAAGGGGGGGAGGGGGAGAUGGGUGAGGGGGAUGUUCCUAAUGCAGGUGGUGGUGGUGGUCGGGUCUAUGAUACGUUCACGGGGGUGGCUGCUACGUGGGAGGGGACGGUUUUGGUCGCUUCUGAGGAGGAGGAGGAGGAGGGUCAGGAGAGCAGGGAUCGAGUGUUUGUGUUGGGGUCGGGAUUGAAAGGGGAACUGGGGUUGGGGAAGGGGUGUCUCCGCGCGAGCGCGGGCGGCGUCGCGAUCCCGGAUUUUCCGCCGCAGGGGAUGAAGGUGCGGGCGGUUGCGAGUGGGAUGGGCCAUACGGUGGUGGUGCUCUCUGAUGGGAGCGUGUGGGCAUGGGGCGCGGCGAGGAAGGGCCAGUUGGGGGAGGCGAAUAUCCCGGACAAGGUGGUCUGGAGGCCCCGGAGGAUUGAGGGGUCCGAGGGGCUGGGGUUCCGGGCGACGGGGGCGGCGUGUGGGCGGGAGUUUACGGUGAUCAUUGGCGAUCCUGCCAGGGGGGAGUUCACCGUGCUGGGCGCGGUGGAUGAUAAGUGGGGGAUUCGUUCGGGGGUGUCUGCGUCGCAGGUCAAGGAGAAGGCACUACGCGCUGGAGGGUAUCGGGCCAUCGAGGUCAGUUGGCAUGGCGUCUAUGUACAUCUGGAUGAUGGGGAGGUGGUGGCCUGGGGCAGGAAUGAUCGCGGACAGAUUCCGUGGACCAGUACCGUGGACUUGGGGCACGGCAAGGUGGUGAGGGAUCUGGCGGCGGGGAGCGAGCAUCUUCUUGCUCGGCUGGAUGAGCGCACGGUCGUGGCCUGUGGUUGGGGCGAGCAUGGGAACUGUGGUCCCGAUACCGAUGCGCAGGGCAAUGUCAAGGGGAAGUGGAACCGGAUUCCCCUGCCAGAUGGCGAGUCCGACAUUGUGGGCGUUGGCGCCGGUUGCGCGACAAGCUGGAUCAUCACUGCCUAGUGUUGACUCCGACGCGGCUGUGGAAACCAUCGAGUGGCUGACAGUUGGCGUGUCUGUCUCGAUCGGUGCAUGCCCGGGCGGCGAUGCGUGAUUGCUUAAUCGAACAGGCCAAGGCCAUGGAGCUGACGGUGUUAGCUCCCUCGUCGAUUUCAGGUGGACAGGGGACUUGAAGUUACCUGUGAAAUGCGCUGGGUGGGC